UUCAUUAUACUGCGUGUUAAUUAACCCAGAUAAAUUAAUUACCUAAAUAAAUUACCUGGUAAAUUCUUUCACUUCUGUUGGCCCGAGGCCACCGUUCACAAGUGUAAACACGAUACAGCAUCUCUAGACUGCCGUGUUACAUGAAAGUGUUCGGAUUCCUCUAAAAAUGAAACCAGGUAUUUUGGCGGCUUUGAUUAUCUGGAUACUCUGUCCUGUUGUUGGAGGAAGAAAGCCAAUGUUACCAGAAUUCAGCUUCAAGAAACUCUCAGAAAGAAACAACGAAAAAACAUUUAGAACAUUUACAGCUGAAAAGCCUCUAAAAGAAACAAACAACGACCCUAACGGAGCCAGUGUCCAGAAAUUAAAUAUCUCAAAAAUAUUACAGUUUCAACAAGUCACUGAUACACCAAAGACAUUUAGAACCCCAAAGCAUCUGUUUCUGAACAAGAAAGGCAAUUCGAACACACCUCAGUUUGAUGCAUCAAAAGACAGAAAAAACGAAAAAAAGUUACUACAGAAAUCCGAAAUCAUACCGUCACAAUCAAAUCAACUGUCGACGACGAAAAGUGCAGUGAAAAAUAUUCAAAUGAAAAAUCCGUUCUUAAAAAUCGACAAUAAAUAUCCUAGAUGGCAGGAAUCGCUUCAUGUGAAUAAUGAUGAAAUGUGGAGAAAUGAACUAAAACUAGACCCUCUUCCUUCCACAAGAGAGACUCACGAAAUGCAUGCUCAUCUGUACUCUUCAACAGCUUCCACUAAACCCUCGACAUUCCAAACAGACUUUGAUUCACGAACAUCUUACACAGGAGUCACGGUGACAAUGAAAUCAGUAGGAACGCCAAAACCGAUUCACACCAUUCCUUACUGUUCUUGGAUAGAUCCUCACAAAUGCCCGGAUGUUAGUAAAAUUCAGCCUAACUGUAUCGAAUCUCCUAUUAUUCCCGCACUGGACGGCGAAUGUAAAAUGUGUCCAUUUGAUUGGUGCUUAGAACCGAACGACCUGGCGGGAAGCGGGAAACUUCACGAUCAUUCACCGCUAGAUGUCGUUCUUAACGCUGGGAGCAAGGAACCGCCAAAACUGGCGCUCGCUAUCAACCGGCCAGCAACAGGACAGGAAGAGGACAAUGUUAAUUCAAAAGGGGUCCCAAAAACAACCACGGAAAUACCAUUUUGGAAUUUCGAAACCUUUGGACCUUGAAAAACUGUUUACUUGAAUUAUGACGCCCCUAAAAUGACAUUUAUUAUAAUUAAACUGAACAUGUUGUAUAAUUGGAUAACAUAUGGCAUUUAUAAAUGAAGAGACAUCUGACAAAGAACGAUUUUUAAACGAAGCUUAUAAUAGAAAUUAAUGCCAUGUGAAUGUGAUUUCUCUUUUCGAAUGUAACAGAAGGCAGCUACAAAUAAAUUUACAAAUGAAGAAAUUGACAACAAAAACUGAUACUUUGUAAACGUGCUCGAGCAUUGAGAAGGAUGACUGAGCAGACAAAUGAAUACAUGUAACAUUAUGAUAAUUUUAUGUUACGCAAUACUGGGGGGUUUUAACAUUGACAUGUUUUGUUUUAGGUUUAUGUAAUUAUACAUAGCAUCUCAGACAAUAUGUUUGAAUCAACAUGAUUAUAAUUAUCAUCAGGGAAUCAACAUGAUUAUAAUUAUCAUCAGGGAAUACUUAUUUAAUAUUCAUCAGUGAAUCAAGAGCAACCUUAAAAGACAUAGUGUAUUUUAAUGUUGACUAAUUUACUUUCGGAGACUCAAAAUGACGAUAAAUUGACAUUAAAUAACGCAAUAUUAGUUUUUAACCAAGUUAUCGCACCUUUCAUACCUAUACAGUAUUCAUAUUGUCUUGCUGUGCUGUUUAACGUCAUGCGAUGUCUCUCUUCACGCAAGGAGUACCGUGGUCAGUCAUCAUCACCCGCGCGCUUUUCUUGGAAUAUGACAUCGAUCAGCACGUGCGCAGAGUUAAUAUUGAGAACAA